AUGGUCUCCUUCUCAAAACUCGUUGUCCUAGGGAUGGCCGCUGUCGCGGUGGCCCAUCCCGGCCAUGAAGACAUUGGCUCCAAUGUGGCACUGAAAAGGAGCUUCCUUCGUCAUUCUCGUAACAGCUUGUCCAAGUGCGCGGAGAAAGCUGAGUUUCGUGCGCUGCAGGCUCGCGCGGCUGCUCGUCGCCGCGAUAUCGCAAGCAAGAAAGCCAAGAGAAGCUUUCUCAAGGCUCGAGACCUCACGACUGUGAUCAACACCUCUCACCUCUCCAGCCUGACCGGUGUGACCGCCGACUCGUCCGAAGACGUCUUCUUCUCAGACGAUGUGUCCUGCAUUCUGUCCCCGGAAGGCGAAGUUGGCCCCUUCUGGGUCAAGGGCGAAUACAUCCGCUCCGACGUGACCGACGACGAGCCCGGAGUGUCUGUCGUGAUGGACGCGCAGUUCAUCGACAUCGACACCUGCGAGCCGAUCGAGAAUCUGUACUUCGACGUCUGGAACUGCAACUCCACCGGCGUCUACUCCGGAGUCCAGGACAGCAGCAACGGGAACGGCAACGACGCCAGCAAUCUGGACAACACUGCGCUACGCGGCCUGCAGCCCACCGACGCGGACGGGGUGGCGCAGUUCACCACCAUUUUCCCCGGCCACUACAGCGGCCGCGCCACCCACGUGCAUGUCAUUGCCCACAUUGGCGCGACCGUGCUGUCCAACGGGACCCUGACCGGCGGAAAUAUCGCCCAUAUCGGGCAGCUGUUCUACGACCAGGACCUCAUUACCCAGGUGGAGGCGCUGUCUCCGUACAGUGAGAACACCGUGGCUAUCACCCUCAACGCCAAUGACCGGGUCCUGGCAGCCGAGACCGAGAACAGUGACUCGGAUCCGGUGCUCGAGUACGUUCUCCUUGGGGACACUGUGGAGGAUGGACUCUUUUCGUGGAUCACCAUCGGUAUCGAUACUUCAGCCAGCUACAGCGCGAGCUACGCGGCCACGUUGACUUCGUCUGGUGGUGUUUCCAGCUCCAACAGCGGGGGUGGUAGCAGCGGUAGCGGCGGAAACACGGGUAGCGGAGGCAGUGGAGGUAAUGGCGGUAACGGCGCCAGUGGCCCCCACUAA